CACAAAUAAACCAAGUCAACAUGAUAGAAGGCGUUCUUUGUGCUACGGUUAAUGUGGAUUUAUAACGGAAUAAAAACGGAGUUCUACAACGAAUGAAAAAAUGAAUCGAGGAACACGUACUUCGGUUGUUGUUCCAUUGUUACUGUUGACAUUAUGGACAAACACAGUGUUGGCGCAGCUGCCAUGUAACCGCUCUGCAACACACGCAGAUAUCCUAAAGUGUCCAGACUCUGUCCCCACACCACGAUGUGAUAGCUAUGGCAAUGUCACUGGGUGUGAAUGUUAUCAGGAUAAAAGGACAAAUGUAACCAAGAUAAACUGCAGGGGAGCAGCUUUAACUUAUAUCCCACACAUUGUGUCAAAUGAGACAUGGGAUGAAUUGGACUUUGGUAUGAACCUAAUCACCAGUAUUCCGGCCGAUAGCUUUAAUGGCGUACUUGUGAGGCAUAUAAAUUUCUUUGGGUGCCUUGAAUUGCAGGUCAUCAAGAAAAAUGCAUUUCGAGGUGCUUCGUAUGUUGAUUUUCUUGAGUUGACGAGGACUGGCUUAGAGACUAUAGAGGACUAUGCCUUCAAUGGGGCUGGGGAGAUGAGAAUUAUAAACAUGAUGAGCAGUAAAAUCACAAGUAUAACUCAGUAUGCAUUUGAGGGCAUGCCCUUUCUUAAUACAACCCGGCUUGAUUUCAACUCAAUACAAGAAAUUCACCCAAGGGCUUUUUCGAAGUUGGAUAACCUUCUUACAUUGUCCCUUUCGAAUAAUCAAAUAACACAAUUGCCAAAGGGUAUAUUUGAUGGAUUGUCAUCCCUAGAGUAUCUCAAACUGGCGGAAAAUGGAAUAGAAGAAAUCUCCGAGGGAACUUUCAAACAUUUGAACAAGUUGAAAAUUCUGAACCUGUGGAAAAACAAAAUCCAAAAUGUAUCUGGGGAGUCGUUCGACGGCCUUAGUAUACUUGAGCGCCUAAACAUAAAGGCCAAUUAUUUAACAUCAUUGCCUUUUGAUCUUUUAGAGGACCUGUCGUCUCUUGAAGAAUUGGAUCUUUCAGACAAUCACCUUGAAGCUAUCCCCGAUAAAAUAUUCAGGAUCCAACAAAACAUGUCGUUCUUAUUGUUGGCAAAUAAUGGACUCAAGGAUGUUCCGACUGCUAUCAAACAGUUAAAAGGCUUGAAGGAAGUUGAUCUAAUGAACAAUGAGAUCGAACAGAUUGGUCCGUUCUCGUUUGAUGGUUUGAACCUGAAAAGAAUCAAGAUUGGGACUCAUAAAACUGGAAUGAACAUCACAGACAAAAGUUUCUGCGGUAUUGAAAAGUCUUUGGAAUUGCUUGACUUUUCAUUUUCCAAACAACUGCAGCUAACUGGUGGAUGCUCCUUCAUCAAUAUUUUUAACGAGUCUAGGAUGCUUGAUGAAGAGUGGAAGCUUGUUGAAAUGUGGAACAGCACUGUCUUUUGCGACUGCAACUUCCGAGACUUUCAAAUUAAUUCUAACUGCACUAACUCAACUGGCGAUAUGCUGAAACCGUGUCGGAUUCGGUCUUUUAACCAAUAUUAUCCUCAGUGUCACAAACAUCUGUCCGUGAUGCAAAAAGACUGGACUGGUUGUGCAAAUUACACAGUUAAUUGUACAAACGUAUGUUACAAGGAAGAGGAGCCAACCACUGUUGGUAAUCCAACAACUGACCUGACGACUGUUGAAAGCAACAUGACGUCAGAAACAGCACUGAAAACGACAUCAAAACCGGCGACGUCACCUGGUGAAAAUGAAGGUGCUGAUUCAUCUGACAACAGUGCGCAAAUUGCUGGCAUAGUUUCUGGUUCCCUUGGUGCGACGAUCGUCAUAGUGCUUAUCAUAUGCUGUGUUGUGUAUCUGCUAAAGAAACGUAUUGAAGCGUUACAACAACGCCCUACGAUUGUGUACAACAAUGACCUCUUUGACGUCAAUGGAUCAAACCAACACGCCCCAAUUAUUAAUGAAGGCUAUGAUGGAAUGGAUUACUAUGAUACCUCGCAAACACCAAGGAAAAUCUCCAGAGAGACAAAGUCCUGGCAAAUGGAAGCUGACCAACAUUUCCAAAACAAGCCACACAGUCCAUAUUGCAACAAUAACUCUCGGUUCCCAUGGCCUUUCGACAGUACCAAGACAUGAUAAAGCCAGUAUUUAUUUAGGCUUGUUCCUCGUUCUUUCUUGAAGUCUUGUAAUUUUCAUAGGAUAUUACAGGGGCAGAUCUGGGAACCAAUAAGGGGAGGGCCAAAUUUCAGAUCAGAGAAAAAAAUUGAAAAAGAACCCAAAACCCAAAAGUGGGCCCAAAUUUUGAGGCCCAUUUUCUUUAAAAUUUGGCCUAAAAUUAAACAAUAAGGCCUUAAAAGGCCCAGUAAUGACCAAAAAGACUCACUUUUUGGGGCCUUAAGGCCUUUUU